AUGAAUCAGGUCCAUGCUAGCGUCAUAGUGGGCCCUACGCUCUCUGACGUUUCGUAUACACCCAUCAGGAUAUUACAAGAUACCGAGGACGCUUCCGAAACCGAAGUAUGCAAACGAGAGGAGGAGUUCCACGAAAAAAAGGAACAGUUAUUCUUGGAGAAAGUUGCUUCCCUGCGGAAACAGCUACAAGAGGUGGCAGAUGGUUCCCAUCCAGAAUAUCAGCGGAGAUUGAGGAAGAUCGAGCUGAUCCACCAGGAGAGGAACCUUUUCAAUGAAGUUUGGCGACAAUGCGAAAUGGAGCGAGUGAAGAGCGAUUGUGAAGCGGAGCGCGAACUCGCUCAGGCCGAGUUGGAGGAGAAAACGCUCGAAUUGCAAGACGGCCUCGUCACCGAGUACGAAGAGAAGCGACGUCAUGUGGAGCUCGAGAGGAACGUCGUUGAGCUCACAGGGGACUCAUUGGAAGUCAAAACUGCGAGUACACGGAAACUCCGACGCCGACCCAACGACCCGAUUCAACCCUUGACGCAAGAGAAACGGCGGAAAGUAUCUCCGAGUCAGUUGAACCUCCUGCUCGACGAGGGGGAAAUUCUCGAAGACCUAAAACUGAUCCAGAGAUGCAAACCACCGCACGGCCGAAGAGGCGAAUAUGACGUCAACAUUCAAUAUGUGAGCUCAUCUCCACCGGCAGUCACCUCCCAGGACGCAAAGAUCGAACACAACAAACUCUUCUACGAUAAGAAGUGGCAUCAUCGAGGUCAAUGCGUGUGUGUUGAAUCUCGAGAACACGGGCGCUUCAGCGGGACCAUCGAAAACAUAGGCACUGCCGAAAUCAGCGUCAAGAAGAUUUCUGACGGAUCUAAAGUUCGCGUCACGCUGGUCAUGCUGCAGCGGGGGAAGGUCGUCUUGCGGAGAAAAUCGUAGUAAUUCAGCUCGGGUGGGCCGCGAGCCCGUCAAAUAGACAAUCGGUCGGACUGACUGACUGAGUGACUUAUAUAUUGACCGUCCGACCAACUCACUGAAGGCUCUUACCCUAUACGAUGGAAGUCGGAACGAGGGCCUGGUCGCUGCCGCGGAAAGCUCUCCGGUCCACUUCGGUGAAAGCCGUUGACUCCGAUCGGAAGGUUGAACUGUGACUCUAGCUCACAGACAUCAGCGGACAGGAACGCCGUCGAUUCCGGUCUCGGAGGGCCUCAUGACGGAGGGCAUCCGAAUGAGGAAGCUGUCUCGAAAGUCUUAACGGGAUUUUCGCCUCGUGAGGUUAGUCCACAUGACGGUGCUCAUGACAUUUUCGACCGCGCAUCACCGCCUCCGAAUGGUAGAAUCGAAGAUGUUUCGAUGGAGAUACGGAAACUC